CAGGGGUGUGCAGUCAGAAGUCGGACUCAGAGGAGCCAGGAAGUAACUUCGAGCCAUGCAGAGAGACGGUUAAAGUAGAGCGAGCACCGUUUGUUGUCAGAGGACGGCAUCACGCUGGGAUCGAGCAAGGAAUAAUAGCCAAUUGCGAAAUCGAACCAAAUCGCUUGCAGUGGCUGACACUGACCGCAGUAGCCUAUUUGAGAUUCGGGAGAAGAAGAAUAACGAAACACGUCCCAUAUAAUAAACGUAAAUACCAUAGCACAUUUCGAUACUCUCUGAGUCACUUAAAAAGAGGAAGGAAGAAAAUAAAAGCGGGAUCGGGGGGAGUUAAAAGAAUAUUUUCUCUUGAAGCCACACACAAAAAACUACGAAAAUUGCUCAAAUAACACUUAAGAUGCCCCGAGUGGUCCCGGAUCAGAGGAGCAAGUUCGAAAAUGAGGAGUUUUUCAGAAAACUCAGCCGAGAGUGUGAGAUCAAAUACACCGGUUUCCGAGACAGACCGCACGAGGAAAGGCAGGCCAGGUUCCAGAAUGCCUGUCGGGACGGACGGUCAGAAAUAGCUUUUGUGGCGACAGGAACCAAUCUCUCCCUGCAGUUCUUCCCGGCGAACCUGCACGGGGAACAGCGUCAGGCGCCGACUCGGGAGUACGUGGAUUUCGAGAGAGAAACAGGAAAGGUGUACCUGAAGGCUCCCAUGAUUCUGAACGGCGUGUGUGUGCUCUGGAAGGGCUGGAUCGACCUGCAGCGGCUGGAUGGGAUGGGGUACCUGGAGUACGAUGAGGAGAGAGCGCAGCAGGAGGACGCGCUGGCCCAGCAGGCCUUUGAGGACGCGCGGAGGAGGAACCGGGAUUUCGAGGACAGGGACCGCUCGCACCGCGAGGAGCUGGAGGACCCUGUGGCAUCAAAAAUCUGGGACUGAUGGCAUUCAAGGACCAGGGCGAGACGACAGCAGGAUCCCAGCCCUGGGUCCAACAUGGGCAAUGCUGACGACCACAAGAUGCGCUAACAAUGUGGGACAACAUGCUAGGUGUGCGUGGGGUUAGGGGUAAGAGGAGAAGGGGUGGGCGCAACCCCCCCCCACCCCCCCACCCCCAUCACCACGCCCACCUUUCAUUCUGACAGCAAGCUGUUUACGGGAGAGACCAAAGUCCAUGGGGGAGGGGAAGGGGCGGGGUUGGAGGGGAAGGGGCGGGGUUUCAUUACAGGUUAUUUUUGGGGAAAAGGGGGGAAUGUGGGGUUGGGUGGGCGGGGUUGGGGGGUGGGGUCAGGCCCCUCUGCUCCUUGGGAGGGGGUUUGCACUAUGUAUUAGACAGUUCAGUUCCCACAUUACCUGUUGUAUGCAUGGAGCUCCUAGCACCUGUUCUAUGUUUUCUUCCUGCUUUAUGCAAGCUUUUUUAAUUUUAUUUUUCAAGCACUAUUAUAAUUAAAAAUGGCAUUUUAAUUAUUUUAUUAAUAUUUUGUGUGAAAAGUCAGGAUGUUUACUUUUUUGUAUUUUUUUGAUAUAUAGAUAUAUGUCGGUCAAAUUCCUGAUUUGAUGUUGGAUGACGGUAAAAUAUAACAAGCUCAGAAGUUUUCGAGAUGCAAGAAAAUCUGUUUAUGGAAAAGGCCAUUUUGAAGCUGCUCGUCUGCUGGCCUUCCUCGCCCUCAUCCUCAGUCUUUGCUCACCUCUGUCUCGUCUUUGAUGUUAGCCUGGGCCAGCAGCGUGAGGUCACUGAGCGCGCUCAGUUUGCAGUGGAACUGCAGCGGCUUCCUCCACAUACGGUUUCCCCCCCUUUGCAUUCAUUCUGUUCUCGUGGCUAACCAGCACAACACACUCCAGUGGUGAUACCGCGACACUGUGAGGACAUCGCGAAACCAGCCGGGCACCUGGAACUCAACAGCUGUAUCCUUGCAUGCUCCUUUAUGCUGUUCUUGUAUGUGCGAAAUACAAGAAACGUGAUUUUGUGAUAUCAGUAAAAAAAAAAAAAACGGUUUCCAUUUUCGGAAUGGAGUUCGUCCUCUCAGGAUUGCGCAAACAAUUAGCAUUAAUUACAGCCAGGCUUUGGAAAUCGGCAGAAGGGAUAAAUUUACAGAUGUGUUUUUAUGCGAUUCCUGCUUAUUGGAAAAUUUAAACGUCCUCUUUUUGGCCAGCAUUAUGUACACAUAGGGCACAGCAGUUACAAAGACAGCCCAUGUAAGUUUAUGAUGAAUUACGUAGUCCAACAGGUGGAUGACAAGUGUCUUGUCAGCUAUUGGUAAUCUUUAUGCAGGUAUAUAGGUACAGGUAAACCUGGUGUUUAACCUUGGCAAAGGAAUAACUGACAUAAAGGCUCAUUCUUUUCAUCGAUUGGAUCUCAAGUGGAUCAAUCAAUCAUUUGAUUGGCAGAUGACAUAUGGGUUCAGGUCAGCAAAGAAAAAACUACAAUGUUGACAGGUGAGGACGAACAUAAAUGUUCUUUUUACUCCUGACAUUUUUCAACAUUUAUGUCAGUUUUUAAAAAGUUGUCUAUUUAAGGAACUUGUAUCGAAAUUUCCCAGAAGAGGGGACAGUUAUUAAAGUAGUGCGAGUGUUGUGGAAAGGGGUGGGGGAGGGGGAAGGAGUGGGAGAGGAGAGGGGCCUGUUGUAUCCUUGGGUAGCAUGUCCAAGAUGGACGCUCAGGCGUCUUGGUUUGCCUUCGGCAAGGACAGAGUUUGGCAAGUGUUCACGCAGGCACACAGUGAGAGGGGUUUAUUUGGUUUUGUGAGAUUGUUGAGAUUGUUGCUCUUUUAAGUAAAUGGCCAACAAACACCCUAAAUUUGUGAUACACUGCAAAUGUUGUCCAUGUCAGGAACAGUAACUUGUAACAUUUGCUUUUUUCUUUUUUCAAAAAAAGAUGAUGCGCUCUUGAACGCUAAAUCGGUCUUGUUUGAUAAAAGCCUCAAUUUAGAAAACUGUUAUCCAAUCGCUAAGGUCAAACAGCACAUUCUUCAGUUGCUUUCUGAGGGUUUCUCUUUCUGUAACUGCUUACAUUUGGCCUUCUGUCAUAGUGGAACCUGCAUGGAGUUCCAGCCUCAUAUUGAUGGGUCUCUGUAUUGUUAUUGCUUGUCAAUGCUUCUGUCAUCCCCGUGUAAUUUAUAUGGUAAAACUAGAUUAUUGCUUUGUUUUUUUUCAUUCAAAACUGCAGCACUGUCCAUGGGCUACCUCCAGCUGCUACCAAAUUUUUUUUAAAAACUUGUUUGGGAUUGUUUCUCAGUAAAUGUGUGGGACAUUGUAGCAGAUAUUGUAAUGUUGCCACAAUUUUACAACAAUGUUGUAAAACUGCGAUCAUGGGAGUGUAACUGAUUUCCCCCAGUUUUCCUUCCCCUUACCAGUUACUGGUAUUACAUAAAGAGGUGAAGGUACUGUACUUGGCCAAAGAAUUGGAAUAGCGCUUCCAUCCAGGUACCCCCCCUCAAAGCCCUUGGAACGGGGUGCAGCGCUUCCCCACUUUUCAGGGUGUGGGCCUCCUUAUCAGGCGCUCCAUAGCGCCUCCCUCUGGAACCCACACGCAUCCCACUCUUCCCUUCCUAAUGCUGGCAUUAAGACUGGGAGUAACUCACAGAGAACUGUCAGCUGGUUCGCUCAUGUUACCUUUUUUAUCGAUUUAUUUUUCUUAUGUUUUUAAGUUAUUGAUGCCAGUGGAGCUUUGUUUUAAUUUCAGGUUUUGUUAUGAAGAAAUGGCAAUGUGUGUCUGUGUUAAAAUUAUCCACGUGUCACAUGACGAGAUUGCUUUUUGCUACGUUUUACUUUGUGUUUCGUUUUGUCGGGGGAAAGGACUGUUAAUUCGGAAGUGUUUUACUUUUUUUCUUAAUAAACUUGUAUCAAACGUU